UUCAAGGAGGAAGAUCCAUGUAAUCCCACAACCCAGUCUCAAGAAGAAACUGUGGCAACCAUCCUGGCCACAAUAGCUAUUUUCCUAAUGGAGGAUUUAGGCAACACAGAACCGCUCAAUGUUGUUAAACUCAAGAUUCUACUUCGAUCUGGAGGGGUGAAAGUUUGUAACCCGAAGAUUGUAAGAUUCUACACUCCUACCUAA